CCACGUCUGAUCACGUCACUCUCUGAUCGUUUAAGAGACAAGAAACAUCACAGAUCGGUGACAAUCUGACGGGAGAACCGUGUGUGUGUUUGCAGAUGGACAUAACAUCGCGAAGACGGAACGCGAGCGAGCAGUGAGAGUUUAAAAGAGAUUCCAGCCGUGUCUGCCUACACAGUCAGCUACAAUGAGUGGCAAAUCGGCCCUCAACAAGGAAGUCUUUAUUCCCAAUGAUGAAAGAAUGCUGGCGGCUGUCCUGGUGAAAAGGAGGACAAAGAAGAAAAUCCCGUUCUUGGCUACAGGAGGUCAGGGAGACUACACCACAUUCAUCUGCUUAUCAGUGACCAAUAAGAAACCAACAAAGGUUUUCAUCACAAAAGUCAAGCAGUUCCAGGGUUCAACGUCUUUUGUAAGAAGAUCACAGUGGACAAUCGACCAGCUGCAACAGGUCAACGGCAUCGACAUCCGGGAUUGUGCAGAGUUUGACUUGACAUUUGAGAAUGGAUGUGACCAGUGGACGGCAGGUUCUGCUGUAGAGAAGUGCACGUUUGUCCAAAUCCUCCAUCAUACCUGCCAGCGGUACAUAUCCAACGGAAAACCAGAGUUUGUCAACUGCCACUCCAAACUGCUGGGAGGUAACAGUGUCCUGAACAAUGCAGUAGGCAGCGCUACCAGCGCAAUGCAGAAGGCCAGUCAGGCACUGAAUGAGCGUGGCGAGAGACUGGGACGUGUGGAGGAGAAGACAGGCGAAAUGAAGAAUAGUGCACAGCAUUUUGCUGACACUGCACACAAGCUCGCCAUGAAGCACAAGUGUUAAGUUAUCGGCAUAUCUUUGAAGAAUCUGGUACCAAUUCAACUGGCCCCAGCACAGUCUCGGCUGUCAGAGACUCUUGAUGGGAUGUGCAUGAAGUAUCAUAUGAGUAGAUGAGGACCUGGUGCAUCACACUGUUGCUUAAAUCUAAAUGGCUCUUGCCUCCAACAUGAUAACUCUUUUUGUUGUCCAUGGAUGGGUUUUUUGGUCAUUAAGCUUAUGUAUUGUUUCCUGUAUUCUCACUGUAUUGCAGACCUUAUAAUUAUUAUAUUUUUUAAAGAUUCUUACAAGGUGUAAAAUAGUUUAGAUUUCAAAUGCCUGCUGAUAUCUCUGAAAUAUCAUUCUGCAUUGUUUGCAAAAAGUGUUUGACAAGUGUAUGAAAUUACAAAUAUAUUUUUUAAAUCUCAAGACCUGCUCUUUUCUAAUCAAUCAGUUUUAGAUGAUUUGAAAUUUGUAGUAGAAAAACUAAAUGAUUUCGAUGAACUGCCUCUACUCAUUCUUUCAUUGUUCAUGUAUCUCCCACACUUUCAGUUAAGGCCCACAGUACUCUCAUUAUGUGUUAAUGCAGCAUGUAAAUCUGGAAGGAUCCCACAGAUAGGGUGGGCAUUGCCCCCCUAGAGUUUCCUUGUGCUCCCCAGAAACUUUUGCUGCCCCCUAGCCCAGUCGGAUGACAAAACAAGAGAACCCUUUGCCCACCCUAAAGGUCAAGAUACCCCCCACAAAGAUCUCCUCCUAGUACCAGCCCUGGUUGGAAGUGUCUGGUUCUGAAAAUACCAUCUGACAUAUAAACAAUUUUGUAUAAAAUUUUCUUUUGCUGAAGAAGCUCUGAUGAUAGCAUAUGGCAUACACCUCUGUAUUUCUUUUU